AUGUUCAUUCUACAGGCGUUACCGCUGUUGGCCGGAUGUGCAUGGUCAUUUCCGACUGAGCAGAUACCCUUGCCUGUGUCCUCACUACAACAACCCUUGACACCACAACGACACCGAGACCGGCCUGCCUUGCGCAAACUACAGGGCAAAUUCCUGCAUAUCACAGAUGUCCAUCCCGAUUUCUUCUACAAAGCCUACUCCUCCAUUGACUCCGCUUGCCAUAGCGAUACAGGAACCGCCGGCAUCCUGGGUGCUGAGAUGAGUGAUUGCGACUCACCAAUCACCCUUGUCAAUGCAACGUUUCAAUGGGUAAAGGAUAAUCUGAAAGACGAAAUCGACUUCGUUAUCUGGACAGGUGAUUCCGCGCGGCAUGACAAUGAUGAGGACAUUCCACGAACGGAAAAGGAGAUAGUGGACCUCAAUCGGAUGGUCGUCCAUAAGUUUGUCGAAGUAUUUGGCAAAGACGACAACCUCGAUGACCCUGACCCCACAAAUGAUUUCGUGGUCCCGAUUGUGCCGACAUUCGGAAACAAUGACAUCCUACCGCACAACAUUUUCGAGCCCGGCCCGAACCGAUGGACGCGAGACUAUGCUGACAUAUGGCGCAAGUUCAUACCAGAGGCUCAAAGACAUUCGUUCGCCAGAGGUGGUUGGUUCUUCACCGAAGUCAUCCCCGGCAAGUUAGCGAUCUUCAGUCUCAAUACGAUGUACUUCUUUGACUCGAAUACAGCGGUUGAUGGAUGUGACAGCAAGUCAGAACCUGGCUAUGAACACAUGGAGUGGCUGAGAGUGCAGCUGCAAUUCUUGAGGGAAAGAGGUAUGAAGGCCAUCAUGACAGGCCAUGUGCCUCCGGCAAGAACAUUCAGCAAGCAGAGCUGGGAUGAGACCUGCUGGCAGAAAUACUCGUUGUGGAUGCGGCAGUACAGAGAUGUGGUUGUGAGUGGAAUAUUCGGACACAUGAACAUCGAUCAUUUCAUGUUUCAGGAUGCUUUCGGACUGAAGUAUAACCGCCGAGGCCAGUUGCAAGAUUUGGAGGCCAGGGAGCGCAAUGCAACGGACCCCAUGUUGUCGAUCCAGUCAAAGGCAGAAUAUUUGACUGAUCUAAGGGAGGGAUGGACAAGCAUACCGACGCCUCCUUCGGGUAUGUCAUGUUCGGAGCUUGCUAUAGAAACGGAUGACGAGCAUGUCUUGAAGGACACCAGACGCAAGAAGUCACAGCAAGACAAGGAGAAGAAAUUCUUAAAGGAUAUUGGAGGGAAAUGGGCUGAGAGAUUCAGCCUAUCCCUUGUAUCCCCAAGUGUCGUCCCAAACUAUUUUCCAACACUGAGAGUCGUUGAAUACAACAUCACUGGCAUGGAGAAUGAACAUCCUGCGAUGGGAAGGUCACAGCCUGCAGCAGUGGAGAUUGAUGUCGAGCUUCCGAACAAUCAAGAGUUUGCACCAUUGUCAGCCGCCAGCGUACACGACGUCAUGGAGCAGCCAAUCCAGGAAGCCAAACACAAAAAGGAAAACAAGAAAAAGAAACAUCACCCCAAACCGCCCUUCGAAAUGCCCGAACCACCCUCGUCCACCGCCGCACCCGGCCCAGCCUACUCCCCUCAACCCUUCACCCUAAUAUCCUACACCCAAUACUUCGCUAAUCUCACAUUCCUUAAUGACGACUUCAAGACCUCAGGGCGGACCCUGGAAGAAUACAUCGGUACUUCUCCCUCGGCUAACAAACGAAGUGGGAACCGUGUUCCACAUCCCCAGAAAUUCACAUUCGAGACGGAAUAUAACACGAAGACUGAUAAGCGGUAUCGUUUGGCCGACCUGACAGUGAGGAGUUAUUUGGAUCUUGCCCGGAGGAUAUCUUGGAAUAUUAGAACGGAUACACCGGAACAUCGCGUUUUAGAUAUAUUACCAGAUGGCAGAGUGGUUGACGCUCGAGGUAGAGAAGCAGGAGCAGAGAUUGGGGAUGAAACGGACAACGACGACGACGAUCUCCUCUCGACCAGGAAGAGGAAGAAGAAGCAUCACAAAAAGAAAGGCAAGAAGGGCGGAAAGGACAGGGACAGGGACGCAUUAUGGCAUACAUUCGUCAAGCGCGCAUUUGUUAUGACCAAGACAGAUGAGGAUAUGGAGGAUUUUGAUCCUUACACCUACCAAGGAGACACACCUCGUCCACUCCCACCAACGCCAUCAACACCUAUCCUCUCUAACCCCACUCUCCUCUCCGCCCUCGCCUCCACCCACCCCUCCCACGCUCAAUCCCUGCAACCCCUAAUCACAGCCCUCGACACAAACCUAACCCUCGCCACGCGCCUUCUAUCCCUCCAGACCCACCUCACCACCCUCAGAGACCAGACCCAACAGCUCCUCCUCCAGCACACAACCCUAUCGACACAGUGGAGACGGAAGCAGGCGAAGAUGGAUGUCGCGCUGCAGCCGUGGAGUCCGAAGGCUAUGUACGCGAGGCUGCUGAGUGGGAUUGCAGAGCAGGAGGCUAUUAUCAGGGCUGUGGAGGAGAGUUUUCUGGAGGAUGGGGGCGGUGGGCAUCAUGGUGGGGCUGCGAUGGCUGGAGAGCGCGAGGUGGGGGAUUGGAUUAGGAGGAUCAGAGAGGGGACGGCGGUGCUAGAAAGGAGGAGGGAGAGUAGGGCUAGAUGGGAUGAAGGGAGAGUUGGGGGGUGGCGGUGA